AUGAUCAAUACAGACGUAGACAGAAAGGUUGAUUUGUGUCCAGCAUGCAAAGCGCUUGACGAGAAAUUCAGUACGCCACAACAUGGACAUACGCAGGUCGUGCACUUUCUCAAAAACUCCUUACACCAAGACUGUGUGUCAUGCAAGACACUUUCUGAUUACUUCUCUUCUGAUAAGCUUGUCGUGGCUCUUUUUCACAAUGGGCCAGAGGAUGACGAAACGCAAUCAGCGUCUUCAGAAGAGUUGGUUGAGCCAUGUGCUGAGUCGACAAACACGAAACCCUUGAAACACAUCCUUAUGUGGGACUCGGCUGAUGCAACACAUGACCAUACAUUCCUCCCGGCGGAAAGUCAUAUACCAGGGCCUGGAAAGUAUGCGUCAGCGGACCUGAUCCAAGCUAAGCAAUGGCUCGAGAGUUGUAGAUCAAACCAUGCUUCUGAUGACGCAGGUGGAAGGACAUGUACAGUUCAGCCAGUGACCAUGAAGACACCGCUGAGAAUCAUCGACUGCAGCACGUUACGGGUAAGAGAGCUAAUGCCUGGCGAGUCUUAUGCGUGCUUGAGCUAUGUCUGGGGUAACGUAGCUCCUGCAAAAGUUGCAUUCGGCUCGCAAAUAGACCCUGGAAGUAUUUCAAAGACCACUUCGGAUGCCAUAUAUGUGGCUAAGCAGCUAGGGGUCCCCAGACUGUGGGUCGAUCAAUACUGCAUCGUACAAAAUGAAUCCAUUGCGAGGAACGAAGCGAUCGCAUCAAUGAAUCUGAUCUAUGGUGGGGCAGAAGUUACUAUUGCAGCAGCAUCUGGCAUAGAUGCUUCACAUGGUCUACCCGGUGUUCUGGGAACAGAUCGAUCAGACCUGAUACACGGAUCUGUCACUUUAGGGAGCCGACAAUUUGUCGAAGAGCCCGUCCAGAAACAGCUGGAGCAAUCGCAUUGGAACAGCCGAGGCUGGACCUUCCAGGAAGCUGUGUUGUCGGUGCGUCUCCUCGUGUUCACUGAUAGACAAAUGUAUUUCCAAUGCAACAAAGCUCAUCAUCUCGAGCACUACAGAAUCGAAGACCCAUUAAGCGGACAACGCAUAUUUCUCUUUACAGGAACAGAUCUUCAGCCUCUAGCAACCUUCCCACUCCUAACAGAGUACUUUCCCAAGCAACUUUCAUUUGCCAAGGACAGUCUCAAGGCUAUAGAGGGAAUUUUGGAAGCCUGCGGUAAAGAUGCAUCGGGGCCAUAUCAAUGUCGACACUUUUACGGCAUUCCUUUGCCUUAUUUUACGGAUGGCAUCACGGGAGAGAUAUCCUUCUCCGCGCAGGGUCUGGUUUGGUGGACCUCGCGUCAGAGCACGGAAACUGAAGUGAAAGAAACCCUCGCUCCUGAUGAGUCUGGACUACCUUCGUGGACUUGGGCAUCGCAAAAGUCGAGAUCUAGAUCUUCUAUCAUGACCCUAGAUUUCUGCAACCUUGACGCAUCAUGGUUAAAUUUUCAAGACCUGAGGCUCCACAUUACGAACAGACAUGGGGAAACGGUUGACGUUUUCGAUUUUGUCACGUCAUCUCUUCCGGAACAUUAUUCAAACUACUUCCCUUGGAUUGAUGUCACUUCAUGGAUCGUUCAGAGUCAGAUCACUACGUCGGAUCUGGGAUAUUCCAAGACCGUCUUUGGUGGCAUGGGAAAUUCAAGCUUCAAAUUUGACGAAGGCGUUCCACAGAAUGAUGAGACAAUUACGGCGAUAUUCAUAGGUACCGGUGAAGCCUGGUCUGACAGCACAGACUCAGGUAAUGGUCUUGUCUUCCUUCUUAUACGUCCGACUACGCCGAAUACAUUUUCUCGCGUCGGAUUAUGGUAUCUGUAUGAGGAGGCCAAGGUCCUUUCCCUCGAAGAGGUAAUGGCAGAUCCAGAGCCUACACUUCUCAAAAGAUUUACGGAGGAUCCGGAGAGAUAUCUGAAAUCAUGUUGGCUAAGCCACGGCGUUGUGGUAGAGAAAAGGACGGUGAGACUAGUUUAA